AUGAACACACUUCUGGUUCUAAUUGCCAUUGCAGCAGGUGAGUAUAUAAGGGUAUUGACUCAGAAAAACAGUUACAUGGGUGUCAGUUCAGACAGCAAAAAGGUAUUUGUAGUUGACAAGACAAAGGCCACCAAGUUCGUAAGGGAAAAGGCACCAGAAAGAAACGACAAAGUGAAAAUAACAUUUGAAAAUGGGACCAACCAGCUUUUUGAGUCAAAUGACAAACACCUUAAAUACAAACCAUCCGCGGGUACGUCCUUUGAAGUUCUUUUUAUGAAAAAGAACGAUGGAAGUGGAUUUGCAUUAAAAGGCAGCAAAGGCUGUGUCAAAGUCAAAAAUAAUGAAUUUAAGCUUGGAGACUGCUCCGACAGCGAAGUUGCCUUGCUUGCGUUUGUCGACAAUACGAGCGGUGAAAAACUUGACGAGAUAAUAAGGUUUGAUAAAAAUAAGAGAAGGACCACAUCCACUGAAUUCUCACCAGCAGAACUCAAAUGGACAAAUCUAACACCAAGUGAUAUUGAUAAGCUUAUAUUACCGUUUGACAGGAGUACAUGUGAUAAGAAGUGUCCAACCACUGGGGAAAGAGUGUUUGUCAAGCUUAACUAA